AUGAAACCUCUCCUAAGUAAGACGGACAACGAACUUACAGCUUUAGUGUACACUUUUUUGAAAAACGUCUUGGAUCUACCAGUUGGAUCUCACCCAGACAAAGGGCUUGGUAAAAAACGAAUUAUCUGCAAUCGGACUCUAUUAUUUCUCAAACAUAUAAAUAUUUACGACAGGAUGAGCGAACGAGUUGCUGCUGCUAUUGCUUUGUGGCAAUGGGAAAGCAUGCGCGAAGAUCGUGCUGAAUUGAUGGACCAAGUCACCAAGAAACUGGAGACCAUUGCCGAUGCACCAUACGUGUAUGAGUCAAAUAUAUACUCGGCGUUAUCCAUAAUACACAAGCUGCCUACGGCAUGCAUCGAAACCGUUCGUGAGCUCAUGCGACGUGCUGUUGAUAAAGAUGCAAAACAGCGAUUAAUUAUUCUAUGUGCAGACUUACUGCUGACUUUCAUGAAUGCCAUCAAAGCACAGAGAAGGUCAGAUGGUGACUUGCAAUGGACAACCGGAGCAAUUUCUAACGCAUAUCUGCUUGCGUGCAAAAUUCUUCUUAAUGAGCUGCAGGGGCAAGACUUAUCUCAAAGUCAGCGCCUUCAGUUGAGAGAUUACGUUAUCAGUUUGGCAAGAUUCCACCUUAGCGAAUGUCAUGAACCCAUAGAUGGUCAUGAAGUCAUUGUGGCUUUGUACGAUCUUGGAGAGUAUGAUGUAGCAGUGGAUCUAGCAGAACAAUUCAAGGAUUUCAAAGUACUGAUAAAAGUUUGCCUUCAACUCGAUGAUGCUGAUCGCCGUGCUAGACUGGAUGAAUAUAAACGACGGUACUAUGCUGACGAAUUUGAUAUGUACCUCUGUAGGUACUUGAAAGAAAAAAAGUUGAAUCAUAUGUUGCUCGAAGAGAAGGGUGAUCGAGUUGACCGUUAUCUAUUAUCCUGCGAAGGUAUUCGCUGGAGACGUGAGCUGCAGAAUCGUCAAUUUGAGCAGGUCUGUGUCAUCAGCAAUAAAGGCACUGUAUCCCCCUCACAUAUCCCCACUUAAAG